GUUAAUGCUGCACGUUGCAGCCGCAGCAGCCAGCCAGUAGCAGCAAUACCGAGACAUAUGCGGGAUUAUAGAGCUAAACCCGGCCAGCAGCCACAGAGAAGAAUGCCAUUGCGUCUUGAGGCUUUUAUUUAAUGCACCCCAACCAAGAAGAAGCCAGGAUUGCGAUCCCGUUUUGGAAUUAUUAUUUUGUACUGUCCCAGAGGCCCAUUGCAUUGAAUGUAAUGUGAACAUAUAAGUUACAGCAAUGUGGUUAUUUUCCUGCAGAUGAGCUGCCGUUUUAUCCUCUUCCCCCCUCCUAUUCUCCUUUCAUCAUAAGUCAAGAUCAUCUUCAAUUCACUGGACUCUCCUAGACCUGUAUAUGAAGAAGGAGUGGGGACCGUAAUGACCGCACGCUUCCGGUUGCCUGCUGGCAGAUCUUACGAUGUGGGAGCGUUGGAGGAGGCCAGAGAGAGACAGCACGCGCAGGUGGUGUGUAACGUUUUACUGCUGGACAACACAGUACAGACCUUCAGAGUCAAUAAGCAAGACCAGGGGCAGAUCUUGUUGGACAUAGUCUAUAAACACUUGGAGCUAACGGAGCGAGACUACUUUGGCCUUCAACUAGCAGACGACUCCUCUUACAGCCAGGUAAGGUGGCUGGACCCAAACAAACCUAUUAGAAAACAGCUCAAAAGGCUGUCUCCACAUAAUCUAAGGUUUAGAGUGAAGUUUUUCGUGAGCGACCCUAGUAAACUACAGGAAGAGUACACAAGGUAUUUGUACUUUUUGCAGCUGAAGCAGGAUAUUCUGAGUGGCAGACUCCCUUGCCCACAAAAUACUGCAGUUCUUCUGGCUUCUUAUGCUGUUCAGGCUGAGCUGGGGGACUACAGUCACUCCGAACAUUUGCCUGGUUACCUCUCCGAGUACAGCUUCAUUCCCAACCCGCCGCAGGACUUUGAGAAAGAGGUCGCCAAACUUCACCAAGAGCACAAUGGACUCACACCAGCUCAGUCUGAGUUUAACUACUUGAAUGCUGCGUGGACGCUGGAGCUGUAUGGCGUGGAAUUGCACUAUGCGCGGGACCACUGUAACACAGAGAUUUACAUUGGAGUUUUGUCUGCCGGCAUCUCCAUCUAUAAGGACAGGGUACGAGUCAACCACUUUCCAUGGUUGAAAAUUGUAAAAAUAUCUUUUAAAUCCAAACAGUUUUUUAUACAGCUAAGAAAAGAACUGACUGAGAACAGAGAGUCUUUGUUGGGUUUCAAUAUGAUGAACUACAGAGCUUGUAAGAACUUAUGGAAGGCCUGCGUGGAGCAUCACACGUUCUUCAGACUGGAGCGACCCGUUCCUCCAGAGAGAAACCUCUUUCUCCAGUACUUCACCCUCGGAUCCAAGUUUCGCUACUGCGGGCGGACAGAGGCGCAGUCUGUACAGUACGGAAAGGAAAGAGGCAACAAGAACAGAGUUUUUGCAAGGUCGCCGAGCAAGCCUCUGGUCAGGAGACUGAUGAGCGGCUUGGACUGGGAGACCGUCAGCAGGAAUUCCCUCUCAGACGACCGACUGGAGACUCAGAGUCUGCCGAACCGUUCUCCACCAGACUCGCCCGAUCAUAACUCGGUGUUUACCACAGACGGGGCGCGGGUCAGGCCGUACUCCAUUGGUCACCUAGUUGAUCAUGUGAUAGAUGACUCGCCAUGCCAGACGUUCACCAAUCACAAGUCUGCAUCCUCCACGCAGGCCAACAGCAUCAGCCUGGACUCAACACCGUCUCCUGAUGUGACGACAGACGAGCAGCCGCCUGCUCUGCCCCCAAAACAGUGCAGAAGAGACCCUCUGACCCUCAACGGCAGAUCCCAGUCUCAGCAUGAGCUGGACGAGCACCUCAGCGAACUAUACAACGUACCUUCGGCGUCAGGAAAGAGCAUGAAUGGAGCCGUGCCUCAUGACAAUCUUGUUCUGAUUAAAAUGAGGCCAGACGAAAAUGGACGAUUUGGAUUUAAUGUUAAGGGUGGCGCAGAUCAGAGGAUGCCCAUCAUAGUGUCCCGUGUGGCUCCAGGAACUCCGGCUGAUAUGUGUAUGCCGCGCCUCAACGAGGGCGAUCAGGUCGUGCUUAUUAACGGUCGUGAUAUAUCAGACCACACUCACGAUGACGUGGUUAUGCUAAUUAAGGCCAGCUGUGAGGACCAAUCAGGAGAGCUCAUCCUGCUCGUCAGACCCAAUGCCAUCUAUGACGUGGACGAGGAGCAGGACAAGUUGGAUCUGGAGCCAGAUUUCCAGUAUAUUCCGGAGACAUCCGGUCUGGAGCAGAGCCACUCGGAGGACGAUAGUUUGAGAUCCUCCAUCCAGCUUCUGAGAGAUGGCCUUUCCAGCGGCACCGUGCAAACGCAGUUUGAUCAACUGUACAGGAAACGUCCUGGGAUGUCCAUGUCAUGUGCCAGAUUGCCACAAAACGUCUCUAAAAACCGCUAUCGGGACAUUUCUCCAUAUGACAACACUCGAGUUGUGUUGAAGGGGACGGACGAUUAUAUCAAUGCAAAUUUCAUUAACAUGAAGGUCCCAGGUAAAUGUGAAGUAAAGCGGUACAUCGCCUGUCAAGGGCCUCUUCCUGGUACCUGCUCUGACUUCUGGCAGAUGGUGUGGGAACAGAGCGCCGCCCUAGUGGUCAUGCUCACCACACAAGUCGAACGUGGCAGGGUGAAAUGUCAUCAAUACUGGCCAAACAUUUCAGAAAGUGGCAACUACGGAGGCUUUCAGGUUACAUGUGUGUCAGAGGAAGGGAACUCGGCGUACCUGCUCAGAGAUUUGACACUUACACACCUGGAGAGUAAAGAAGAGAGGCAGAUUUGUCAGAUGCAGUACUUGGCGUGGCCUGACCACGGCGUCCCGGACGACUCGUCAGACUUCCUGAACUUUGUCAGUCAAGUACGCAGCAAAAGAACCGAAGCCUCUGAACCUGUGGUGGUUCAUUGCAGCGCUGGGAUUGGUCGCACCGGGGUGCUUAUCACGAUGGAGACAGCGAUGUGUUUGAUAGAAAACGGUCAGUCGGUGUAUCCCUUAGACAUCGUCAGAACCAUGAGAGACCAGCGUGCCAUGAUGAUCCAGACUCCUAGCCAGUACCGUUUUGUCUGCGAAGCGAUUCUGAAAGUUUACGAUGAGGAGCUUGUAAAGCCGUUUGAGACUGAGCCGCCGUGCGAAAAGGAAGAAUGAACACCGCCCUACAGCAUUUCUGAGGUUCUUCUGUGAUUUACAACUACUGCCAGUGAGAUCGGCACUCAGCUCGCUGUCACCCCCUGCUGGACGGCAGUGGACAUGACUGCCUACAAGCUAGAAUACAGACGAAAAAGCACUAUUGCACUUUACAGCGACAAACAAUGACUUAAGGGAAUUUUUCAUUUAAAGAAAAAAAAACUUAUCAGGUUACUGAUGAGUAGGUUCUGUUAAUAAUGUUAAUUAUUUGAGUUAGAGAAAGAAAUUUGCUUUUGCUUUUGUGCCAAAAGCUGAAAUGAGCCACAGUCCAUGUCAGAAUUAACUCUUGCAACUAAUGACAGCACGUUUUAUGUUUUAUUUAUUUGUUUUUGGGGAUAUUUACCAGUGGAAUUGAACAAUAGGUGCAACAGGUGCUCUGCCUUUUUUUCUUCCCUUUUCCUGACAGCGACUGUAAUUGUUUUAACGUUAACGUUUACGUUACGUUAUUAAAAUCGUUAACUUUUUUUUUAAUUGUCAAACAAAAACCAAGCUUUUAACGAUACACAUAUCAUUAGUUUUUACCCUGGCGCUUCAAAUAUAGUCUUUACGAAAGUACUUCCAUGGUAACAUUAAAGUUCUCUAUCAAUUUAGCGAAAUUAACAGGCCACCAGCUGCAUUAAAUAUGAGCCAUGGUGAAGAUGUUUCUUGCUGCCAAAUUUCACAGCUGUUUGCCUCUAAAACCGGUUGGUACGUCGCUUUGGCUAAUCGCUAUUUAUUGCAAGGCUACAUGUAGUACGUAAAACGGCUGGCGUUUUGUAUCGUUAAAUAUGCAUCAGGCAGCUGUUCCUCUCUCAGAUCCAUGUUUGCCGGAUCUUUGAAGCAUAUUAUUUAGAAAAUAAAGCUGUGAAAUUCACAUUAGCUUUGUUGGCAGAAACUGGAUACUCAAUUGAUAGCUAUGGAUGCAAAUUAAAUGUUUACUGUACGAUUUAGUCUAGCGUUUUCUCUGGUUAGCAUAAAGAUCAUCACAUAUUUGCAAUUACCAAUGAUUUUCCAUGUUUACGAUCAAAUUUUCUAACUUCUACUGCAAGAAAUCGAUUACCUUCAGAUUUUAGUUGGUCAUCCUGUACGAAUAAUUUUGUGUUUUUGGUUGAGAACGGUUUUAAUAAAUGCUUAUCGUUGGUUAGGAUUAUCCAUAUCUCCUCUUUCCUAACUUGUUACCAGUAAGCUAUUACCUGCAAUAUACUCGAAAGGUGAUCAUAGUUCAUUAAGUACUUGCUAUGACUGUAGAGAUGAUGGCAAAACUCAUUGACUGCUUUAACAUUUUAUUAACUGCAAGUGCAAUUUUUUUUUAAAUCAAUUAAUUUAACAAAUUUUUAGUUUUAAGUUCUCAUUUUCUGCAAUCUGAAGAGAAGGGAUAAGUAUGAAAGAAGCAAAAAAAAAAAAAUGUAUUGCGACACUCCGGACCAUCUUAAUUGUUUGAGAUUUUGAUGAUUUUAAAAACAUUUCCCUCCUCACAAUGUUUUGCGAUGCCAUUGCGCAAACGAUUUGGCGUCAAGGACCAAUCCCGCCCACCGUUUUGAAUGUGAGACGAUUUUGCUUCAGUGUACGCCGUUAUAGCGCAGCAUUUAGAAAUUUACUACCGACGUUGCUUCGGAAGUGUGGUAUUUUUGUAUUUAAUGAAAAAUGGACAGAAAAAAUGACAGCACUUUGCAACUGACUGUGGUAGUCAGCUGUGCUACUGUAGAAUUUAUACUGUAAUUGUGUGAUGGGCAAAAUUCUGGUGUUUAAUUAUUUAUGUUGAACAUUUUGUCAAAUAUGGAUACCUGGGGGGGGGGGGGGGGGCUCUUAACUACAUAGAGUCAUAUGUGAAAUACUUGUAAAUACAAUGUUAUAUAUUAAAAGUGUUCUGAAAAGAUAAUGGUGGUUAUUUUUGUUUUAGUAAAUUUUUAAAACAUCAGAAAAGUACAGAGGGAAUUGUAUGUCAUGUUUGUAUAUCUCCCAGUUGUGUUUGUGUGUAUGAGAGCGAGUAUGUCUUUUGUACAGAUUGUUUUGUUUCUUACUGGUGUACAAUACAUUUUGAAAUUGUCCUUAAAUAAGCUGACUCUACUAAUGGCACUUGUGACACGUCAAAUCAAAUAUAAUACAGCUCAAACUUC